AUGGAAAUGUCGGUGCCUUUGGUUGAAAUUUCCGUGAAGCCGGAACCAAUGGACGAGGAGGGCACGAGUCAGGAAGACAAUCUGAAACAAGACAACUGCAAUUUACGAUCAGAAGAAUUAUGGAUAAAACCGGAGCCAUUGGAAGAUGAAUCUCAAGAUUCCAGAGAGGGGGAGACAUCGGAUAAUGAGACUGGUCUAGAAGGUGGAGAUGAGGACCUUGGGAAAAAAGAAAAUAAGGAUGGGAUAUCGAAGCUGCCUCUCAAGAAGAGGCUAGAGAAGACAGUGAAGCAAGAAGAUGGCUGUUCCCUCAAAGAAGAAGACAAAUCGGAUGGCGCUGGACAAAAUGAGAAGCCGGCUGAUAAUAUUCAAGCUAAGAUGGAGACCCCCCUGAUGUACUCCUACGAGAUCACCAAGAACAUAGAGAUAGUGACCAUUGAUGAUGAGGAGCGUCACCAGGAGUACUUGGAGACGCUGAAGUCUCGUCAGCACAUGCGUCACGUCUGCGAGAAUUGUGCCGUCGGCUUCGUGCUGAAACAGGCUUAUGAUGAUCAUAUGAAGGUGCAUGCUCCAGAAUCGGGUGAACACGAAUGCGUGAUCUGCCACUCCCGGCUGAAGACGGCAGACAUGCUGUACCGGCACCGGCUGCGGCAUUACCGCCGGUACCGGUGCCUGCUCUGCCGGAUGCGGUUCAAGGACAAGGACACGGCAGCCUGCCACGUCAUGAACGACCACAUCGGACAGACUUUUGAAUGUGAUCGUUGCGGGAGGGGAUUUAAGCGGCCUCAAUACCUGAAGAGACACGUGGAGCAGUACCACACGAAGCCACAUCGCCUGGAGUGCGCCGUCUGCCUCCGAGUGUUCCACGAGCGCGGCUGGUACCGGUCCCACAUCAGGACGCACAACGAGGAAGUAAAAGCGAAGACGGUGAAGUUACCUGCCACGUGCACCAUCUGUUCGCGCGACUACAAAACUAAAUCGAGCUUAAAACGCCAUCUGUUGACACACGACCAUAACUCUUACUGUCGAAUAUGUUUCGUGAAGUGUAAGAACAGGAUCACGCUGGGUGAACAUUAUUUGAAGGAACACAAUGAAAAAUAUGAAGGCGUGGCUGAGGAGACGUGUCCCCACUGUGAGCGGGUGUGCGUGACGCGGGCGAUGCUCAAGCGACACAUACAACGCAUGCAUGCUGACAGGACCAAGAAAUACCAAUGCGACCAUUGUCAACGUCUCUACCUGACGAAGGGCGAGGUUCGUUCGCACAUAAUGUGGUCUCACAUGCCAGCCGAGAUCCGUGGAGGACAUGCCUGUCCUUGCGGUAGGAUCUUCAGAAGCCCCUCGUUGCUCCGCAGCCAUAAAGCCAGGUUCCACGAGUCCCAGCCUCCGCCCAGAGUCCAUCAGUGUGAUCACUGCGACAAGGCAUUUGCGAACAAGCAAGUACUAAACCGACACAAGAAGAGUCAUUCCAACGAGAUGUACCCCUGCAAGGAGUGUGGCUUACUCUUCAAAACACAGCCCUACGUCAAGGUGCACUACCAGCUGAAGCACCUGAACAUGACACGAGCUGAGAUCAAGGCCCAGAGGAAACUAAACAAGGAGAAGAUUAUACAGAACAAUAUACACAACACCCUCAAUUGGGAACCCCCACCCCCUAUUUCCAGCAAUAAAGGGAUUAUACCUACUGAAGAGGAGACAGACCCUCUUCUUCUUGAAGAAAACGAUGGUGAUCCAAAGGAGGCACAGAAUAUUGAAAUUGAAGUUCCACAGUUUCAAACUUUUAUUGAUAUUCGAAGAGAGUAG